UGGGGGGGUUCAGUCUGGGCUGGGGUGUUUCUUUUCCUUCAAGUGAGGCUGUGCUGGUACCAACAACACCACACAGACAGACAUGAGGUGAAUGUAGCGAACCAUUUGGGGUUUUUUACGCAUCAUUUUAAGCUGGAUCACGGUCUUGCUGAUCCGUGCUGCCUUCACGGACUGUGACAAUGAGGAUUGUAUGAGAAGUGCAGCUGUUUGUCCCCCCCCCAACCCCCCCCGAUACACAGAGCCUGGUGUGACUGACAACCAGGCUAAUCAGGGGUGUUUUUUUUUAACCCAGUGUGAGCACAAACCCACUUCUUUAUUUUCUCUUGGACGGCGAAGCGCACUCAGGACGAACAUGUCUUUACGCACGGCACUGCCUGGGAACGAGAGGAACCCGGACCAUCAUACCUCGCUGUCGGCCAGCCGCUCAGAGAAGAGCACCGGCUGGUCGAGCCGCUCGCUUGGUGCCCGAUGUCGUAACUCCAUCGCCUUGUGUUCAGAUGAGCAGCCACACAUUGGAAACUACCGGCUACUCAAAACCAUUGGCAAGGGAAACUUUGCCAAGGUCAAGCUGGCACGACACAUACUGACCGGCAAAGAGGUUGCAAUAAAAAUCAUCGAUAAAACACAACUUAACCCAACCAGCCUACAGAAGCUGUUUCGGGAGGUACGCAUCAUGAAAACUCUCAACCAUCCCAACAUAGUGCAGUUGUUUGAGGUGAUUGAGACUGAGAAGACUCUUUACCUGAUUAUGGAGUACGCCAGCGGAGGCGAAGUGUUCGACUACCUCGUGGCUCAUGGUAGAAUGAAGGAGAAAGAGGCCAGAGCCAAGUUCCGACAGAUUGUCUCAGCGGUGCACUACUGUCAUCAGAAGAACAUUGUUCACAGAGACUUGAAGGCGGAGAACUUGCUACUAGACGCUGACUCCAACAUCAAAAUAGCCGACUUUGGCUUCAGUAACGAAUUCUCUGCGGGCAGUAAACUGGACACGUUCUGCGGCUCCCCGCCAUAUGCCGCCCCAGAACUCUUCCAGGGGAAGAAGUACGACGGUCCGGAGGUGGACAUCUGGAGCCUUGGUGUCAUCUUGUACACGCUGGUCAGCGGGUCCUUGCCCUUUGACGGACAGAACCUAAAGGAGCUUCGGGAGCGUGUUUUGAGGGGAAAAUAUCGCGUGCCCUUCUACAUGUCUACAGACUGCGAGGGAAUCCUGCGCCGCUUCCUGGUCCUCAAUCCUGCCAAGCGCUGCUCGCUGGAGCAAAUAAUGAAAGAUAAGUGGAUUAAUGUCGGCUAUGACAGCGAGGAGCUGAAGCCCCACACAGAGCCUGUGGAGGACUUGAACGAUACCAGCCGCAUUGAUGUGAUGGUUGGGAUGGGCUUCACCAGGGAAGAGGUCAGAGAGUCGCUGGUCAGUCAGAAGUACAAUGAGGUCACCGCCACGUACCUGCUGCUGGGACGCAAGAACGAGACGGAGGGCAAUGAGUCUCGUUCAGGCAGCAGUCUCAGUCUGGCUCGAGUCCGACCCGGCACCAUAACCAACGGAACCAGCAAACACACCGCUUCCUCUUCCUCCUCUGGUGCACCUACUUCCUCCUCUGGCCACAAGGCACAGCGCAGCGCCUCCACUUACCACCGCCAGAGACGACACUCUGACUUCUGUGGUCCCGCGGUUCCAGGGUCGACGCACCCCAAGCGGAGUCCCAGUGGCGUAGGCGAAGGGGCGGGGCUUAAGGAAGAGCGGCUGUCGAUCCGCAAGCCGAGCACCAACACUGUUGGCUCCCGUAGCAUCCCAACCCCCUCCAGUCCCAUGGUUAGCUCCGCCCACAACCCAAAUAAGUCCGAGAUACCCGACCGCCGCAAGGAAGUUACCUCGACCACAAAUAACAUCCCUGCUAGUGCCAUGACUCGAAGGAACACGUAUGUGUGUACAGACCGAUCCAACACUGAUAGACACACUCUGCUGCAAAAUGGCAAGGAAAACAGUUCUAUAUCCCACCGCCUUCCCCCCGCCUCCCCCUCAACUCACAGCAUCGCCGGUGCCUCUGGGGUCUCCUCCUCGUCCUCCACGCCCUCCUCCCGUUUAUCCAGGGGAUCCACGGUGAGGAGCACUUUCCACGGAGGGCAGAUUAGAGACCGUCGGCCUCCCUCCCAUGCUCCCCCAGGUUCCCCAACGCCGUCCCAUGAUGCCAGCCCGCUGCCCCACGCCAGGACCCGGGCCACGACCAACCUGCUGAGCAAACUCACCUCCAAGUUGACCCGCAGGGUCACAGACGAACCUGAGAGAAUCAGCAGAUCUCCGGUCACAAGUCGCCAUCUAUCUGGGCAUCAGAAAGCGGCCGAGCCCCGGACCCCCCGAUGCGGCUGGGAUGUGAGGGUGCGGAGCCCCCGCGACCCGGCCGAGGUGGUGCUAGCACUGCGUGAGGCGGCGCAGGGCUGCGGCUGCCAGGUCCACCUGGCCGGGCCCUUCCUCCUGUCCUGCACCCACGGAGCAGCCGGCGCCCGCGUGGCCUUCGAGGCCGAGGUCUGCCAGCUGCCCAGCGGGCUGGGCCAGAGCAGCGGUGUGAGGUUCAAGCGCCUGUGGGGGGCACCGUUAGCCUUUAGAGACAUCGCCACCAAAGUGUCCAAGGAGCUCGAGCUCUGAGGGCAACAGGAGGCGGGGUAGAUUGAUGAUGGAACAAGACAGGUUGAUGAAUGAGGAGGGAUAAGGGGGAGGAGGAAUAAUGAGGCAGAAACCAUCGGCGCCGCCGCCUCCUCCUCCUCCUCUUCCUCCCCGGGCUCAUCCUCAUCUGAUGUGGCUAGCGAUGCCUCGCCUCCGCCAAAGACCCACUUCUUCUGAUCCCACCAAUCACAACGAGACAAACGGAUGCACAGACACGGAUAGACCGCCAUCGGCAGGCUUAUGAUGACCCUUGACCUUGGAGCUGUCAGUGACCUACGACCCCUGCUUAAAACACACCACCUCCAUAAUAUGUGAGCCCAUGGAGUCACAGGUUUCUUUUAUUUCAUGAUUCCAUGUUUGAUGAGGAGGGUGUUGCUGAGAAUGAUGGAGACUGAUAAUUUGUUGUUGUUAUUGUUGACGUUGUUAUUCCUAUUGUAUCAUAUUUGUCGUCAUUCCUUUUUAAAGAGCUGCUAUUUAAAGAAAUGUUUUAAUUUUUGUGUAGUAAGUUUAUUUUAUUUCUUUAAAGCUUUUAAAAUGGGCAGAAAUUUGACAUCUGUUGUCCUUCUCGGGAGCAUGCGUGACAUAUUUAAGAAGAGGGGGAGGCGCAGUGUUUCCUCCGGCCUCUAGAGGGAGACAUGCAGAAAUGCAGAGACUUGUGACAGACUGAAUGAUGCAUCACAGCCUUUCUGCCCAUCCACUGAUCACGCCCAUUUUACUGCUCAGUUGGGAUUUUGAUGUUUGUUUGUACCAUUUCUUGUAAAAUGUUGCUUCCCUGCCUGCUAUCCACACUGAAUCCUCUACCUGUGUAUCGAUAGCUGGCAGGUGAGCUGCUUACAGACGAGCAAAGCUGCCUAAAAAUACAGGACACAGCUCAUGUGUUGUACUUGAUAACCUGAUUAUUAGAGCUUAUGCUCUGUUUCUUAAAAAUACUCACCUUUGCCCCAAUGUUUUGUCCCUUUCUGCCCUUAUUAAAAAGCAAAAGUCCUUAAAAAUGUAAAAUUACUAAAUGGUGUUUAUUACACAAGCCUGUAUUUAUCUUACAGAAGUUUGUGAUCACGAGUUGGAUGUACGCAGGUGAAAAAGAGCCAAGUAGCAUCAUUUUACCUGAAAUGCCUCCAUUCAGCAGGUUAAGUUUAUUUAAAUUAGAAAAGCAGGUUUUGUUAUUAUCUGAUGUGAUGGAAAUUUUACACAAAAUCUUAACUCCUUUUCCUGCUUCAACCUGAUUCAACGUGGAGCUGAAACGCCUUCACUUCAAUGUCACACUGUUAAAGGUUAAGCAACCACUGUUUGUCUUUAAACUCCUGGAAAGGCAGUGUGUCUUUUUUAAAAGAUGACCUUCAAGCCUUUUCAUCAAAAUUUGAUCUCCUAGUCCAAACACAUAAUUAUGGUAGCUCAUACUGUUGUAGAGUAAAUGGAGGAGUAGUUUACUGACAUACAGUAGUUAACCUAGUAGCACUUUGGCAUAACAGUAACACAGUCUGUCAGAAUGCAGACGUUCCUCAAAUGUAGUGCAAUACAGCCACAAAGCCAAGAAUCAAGACUUGAAUAAGCAUUGAUUAAGAUUUAAUAGGGCUUCUUGUUUGAUUUAUUUUUUUAUUUUUAUUUUUUGAUAUUGCUGAUUUGUUGUUAAAAUUCUUUGAGCACUUUUUUGCUUUUUAGCCAGGAUUGCAUUGUACUGUACGGGCAGAGUUUUUAAUUAUACUAUAUAUUUCUUUUUUUGUAUAUUGUUAAAAAAAAAUCACACUAUUUCCUUCAUUUUAAAGCCAACUGAAGUGAAUAAUUGACAUUCUGAAUGCGCUUUUUCCUUUACUUGAUUUACCUACCUACAAUGACUUCUUGGCAUCAUUCCCUUCCCACAGUUAGACCAGUGAACCUGGAAUGAUGACUUCAGGUUUCCAGGUAGAGGUGCCAUUUGGAUGCCACAAAGUCAUAUGAAGGAAACUGAGGUACAGAUGUAUUACCAAAUUUAAAAAAAAAAAAAAAAAUCUGUCUUCAUAUAGUUUUGUCAGAUUUAACCAUUUUCUUUUAUCCAGUACUACAAUUUUAUGUGCUUAACUUCAGUCCCGCUUUUGAUAUACAGAAACUGUGGACUUUUCCCUCUGUCAACCAAUCAGAAUGCAGCACUGCUGAGACGUAUAUGACUGUUCAGAUUUGAUUAUUGCUGGAAGAGGUGUAUGACUGUUAACCAAUCAGACUCCUGCAUCAACAAGCCACUGUAUAAUUUCAAAAGCGUGCAGCGAUGAGAAUGUGACCUUCAGUGACCUUUUGAAAAAUUGGAUUCUGAUUUUCAUUGAUAAAAGCGCUUCGUUGCUCCUUACAGAACAAAUCUAGCAUUAUUUGACAAAUACGCACAGUCCACCAAGUGCUACAUUAAUCAUAUAUUGACACUGACGACUCCAAAAUCAAAAGGUUGUUGUACUUUAUUGUGACUCUAUAAAGGCAAGUGAUUAUAACUUGUACUUCUGAAGUAUGCAGCAUCUAACAAAACACUGAUAUGUAAAAGGAAAAGUUAGAUGAUGCAGCAGAUUUGUGAUCUUUUACAGCUCUAAGGAAUAUAUCUGUUUAUUUGGAGAUUUCAGCCGCAGCAGGUAUCCACCACUGUCUGGAAAUGUGAAGCUGUGAUUUAGAGCUAGUUUUUGCAAAUUAGUUUUGUGUACAACUGGGCCUCACUCUGAACCUGUUCUGUAGAUACAGUUAGGGCCACGCUUUAAGGCUACCGUUCUGUUGUAUAGUGUGUUUGAAGCCGUCGCUGUUAACAACAAAACUUAACUUAUGGGCUGAAAUUACAGAAAUGAACGACCUGCAAUCCUGCAUGUCUCCUAGGAAAUAAUGUGUGACACAAAAAUAAAGACUUUCAACCUCUUA